GGGUGUGAAAAUUAUUUUGGCUGUGUGUGAUUAGCAUGAUCCAUAAAUAAUCCCCUCAAUUCAUCUUCCAUUUUCACAAUUUCAAAAAGCAUAACCGUUUUUCCCUCUCAAUCUCACUCCACAGUUCACAUCUCAAUUCGAAAAUGCAAUCGUUCAAAUCGGAAGAACAGAGCCACUUGCAGCUCGUCGAACGUGAAGAAAUCGAUGAAGAAGAAGAUCUGUUUGAAGCUAUUGACAAGCUGACUUCUCAUGGAAUAAAUGCUGGAGAUGUGAAGAAGCUGCAAGAUGCAGGAAUAUACACAUGCAAUGGCCUGAUGAUGCACACGAAGAAGAACUUGACUGGUAUAAAAGGUCUGUCUGAGGCUAAAGUUGAUAAAAUCUGUGAAGCUGCUGAGAAGAUAGUGAACUUCGGCUAUAUCACUGGAAGUGAUGCUCUACUAAGAAGAAAGGCUGUUGUCCGCAUCACUACUGGAAGUCAAGCACUUGAUGAACUUCUAGGAGGCGGCAUUGAAACUCUGCAGAUAACAGAAGCUUUUGGCGAGUUUAGGUCUGGAAAGACGCAGCUGGCUCAUACUCUCUGCGUUACAACACAGCUUCCUACUAGCAUGAAAGGAGGAAAUGGGAAAGUUGCUUAUAUAGAUACAGAGGGAACUUUCCGACCUGAUCGUAUUGUACCCAUUGCUGAACGAUUUGGCAUGGAUGCUGGAGCCGUUCUUGAUAACAUUAUAUACGCACGCGCAUACACAUAUGAACAUCAGUACAAUCUGCUCCUUGGCUUGGCAGCAAAGAUGUCUGAAGAACCGUUUAGACUACUGAUUGUUGAUUCUGUCAUUGCACUGUUUCGAGUGGACUUCACUGGAAGAGGAGAACUUGCAGACCGCCAGCAAAAGCUGGCUCAGAUGCUCUCCCGUUUGACCAAGAUUGCUGAAGAAUUCAAUGUAGCAGUGUAUAUGACAAACCAAGUGAUAGCUGAUCCAGGUGGCGGGGUGUUCAUAUCCGAUCCAAAGAAACCAGCAGGAGGUCAUGUUCUUGCUCAUGCAGCCACUGUGAGAUUAAUGUUUAGGAAGGGUAAAGGUGAACAGCGCGUCUGCAAGGUCUUCGAUGCACCAAAUCUCCCAGAAUCAGAAGCUAUAUUUCAGAUAACACCAGGAGGAAUUGCAGAUGCAAAAGACUGAAGUUGCUGCUGCAUUGGUACAUGCCUAGUUUUUAAAUAUGUUUUAUGUUUAUAUUUCAUAUCAGUUGGCUACUGAAUACAUAUUCCAUUUUAAGUACACAUGGUAAUGAUCCGUUCCGUUAAUAAAUGAGUUUUUAUGGGUAA